CACGGUGGCAGUACGGAGUUGCAGCGCGCGAGCUCAGUACACCGAAUAGUUCCCGACGAGGCCACAUCGCGCGAGUCUAUCGAACGCAGAGAGAAAGAAACAGAGCGCGAGACUAAAGGGUUCGUGUUUAUUCCUCUCCGUAAAAAAUCAAUUGUUAUAUCCGGAGAGGGUCGCCGCAGCGUGGAGGGGGAACAAGGGAUUUGAUCUGCACCGUUAUCUUUUUCUUUUGUGUUUCGUUUUUUUAUUUUUCCCCUGGAGAAGGAUUGUGAGGGUUUGUGUGCAAAGAUGAUGGUCGGGGAGAUGGAGGUGAAGGAGAGACCGAGGCCGAGUCCUGACUAUCUCAUGCAGUUACUGAACGAGAAGAAGCUCAUGACGAGUUUACCAAACCUGUGCGGAAUCUUCACACACCUGGAGAGACUCCUGGACGAAGAGAUAACCAGAGUGAGAAAAGACAUGUACAAUGACACAGUGAAUGGUCUGGUGGACAAGCACCCACUGGAAUUACCAGAGCCAGUGGGACCCAUUGUACAUCUGCUGGAGAAACUCUUCGUACCAGUAAAGGAGUACCCAGAUUAUAAUUUUGUGGGGAGGAUUCUUGGCCCUCGUGGACUCACGGCGAAGCAGCUGGAGGCAGAGACCGGCUGCAAGAUCAUGGUGAGAGGGAGGAGCUCCAUGAGAGACAGAAAGAAGGAGGAGCAAAACAGAGGCAAGCCAAACUGGGAGCACCUGAAUGAAGAGCUGCAUGUACUGAUCACAGUAGAGGAUACACAAACACGUGCCGAGAUCAAGAUGAGAAGAGCUGUCGAAGAGGUCAAGAAGCUACUGGUGCCUGCAGCAGAAGGAGAAGAUAAUCUGAAGAAGAUGCAGCUGAUGGAGCUGGCCAUUUUAAACGGAACAUACAGAGACACCAACAUCAAAGCACCCACCCUUGCGUUCUCUCUUGCAGCAGCGGCAGCAGCUGCUCAAGGCCAGCGGCUUAUUGCGGCCCCUGCAGGUCAGGUCCCCCCGACCGCCCUCAGGCCCCCCAAUCCGGCAGGGAACCCUAUCAUGAACCUCAUCAGACCCACUCAGAUGGCCACCAUGCUACCCAAUGGCACCCCAACCCUGGUGCCCCCUUCACCUGAUGCAGGCAUUAUCUACACCACGCCCUAUGACUACCCUUAUGCCUUGGCACCCACGUCUCUGCUGGAAUAUCCCAUCGAGCACAGCGGAGUCCUAGGUAAGCUGGCGUGGGGGCUUGGCACUUCACCCUUUGCCCCACAAGAGGGCACUGCCAGGGGGUUUUACGGGGGUGCGUUUGAUGGUGCGUCACCCCGCCCCGUUCAGGACUCACUGAAAGGUGCAAUGGCUACUAAAGUGCGGAGACAUGAUUCACGGGUCCAUCCUUACCAAAGGAUAGUGACCGCAGACAGAGCCGCCACCGGCAACUAACAAAUGACCUCUGAACUCUUCACCCAAUGAUGAGCGCCCAAGCCUGCCUGCUGAUCUGAUUAACUGGUAAUUGCCUUUUGCUAGCCUGGUGGACACAGAGAGAGAGGCACCUGUCCGAGCAGUGGUCCUAACACAAACCAACAUAAAACACAACCCUCCAUACCAACACGUGUAGCGAUAAUGACUAUGAUGCUCUAUUAUUUUAUAAAUGAGUUAUGACCUUUUUUAAAUUUGUUUCUUUCUUUUUCUUUUUUAAAUUACAAACGUUUGGGUGGAUGUUAACAGCAAUGUUACUUACCAAAAAAUCUGCACUGACGUUUAAAAGCAAUAAAGACGUGUCUUCUGCUAAUUUAGCCUUUAAAUGCAUUUAAAAAAAAAGUUAAAUAUAAAUAUAUACACACACAUUCGAUGACCCUUAAUUUAUAAAUCAUAACGCUAAUAGGGGCAUCAUGAUCCAGAUAAUGUCUGUCAGCUACCACUGAAAAACAGUGUUUUACCCCACCCAUUUAAACUGUUGAUAGUCACUAUGAAUCAACAAAAGAAAAGGAAGGAAAGAAAUCUGCACUCACACCAACUUGUGAAUUUUCUGUCCUUCUCUGAUGUAAUCCUGUGUUUUUUCAGUUGAUAUAUUUUUACUGUGCUGACACAUUCUGGGUGUGCCUGUCCAGCUGACUUAGAGCAUGGCUACAAUGACAGACUGCAAAAAGCUUGUUUUUCCUUUGUUUUGUAACCUCCUAGAUUUUUUUUAUUUUUUUAUUUUUUCCCUUAUAUUUUCAUGUAUCUUAUUAAUUGUGUUUGGCAAUACUUGCAGGUUUAUACAUGUUGCUGAUUGCAGGAUUUGUGCCAGCUCAGUAGGGGGCAGUAAGCAGAGUCAGGCAGGGCAACAGGGAUGUGUUUUUAGUGGGAGAGAUUAGGGUGAAGUGUUUUUGGAGUAAAUUUAAGUUUAGGAUAAUUCAGGGUUAGAAAGCUGGGAUAUGAACCGGAAUCCGUUUACUCAACUAUGCCAUCACAAAAACUCAAUCCCCACAUACAGUGCCUGAACUUUCUAUAAAUAUUUCUGAAUGAGCUGAGAUAAAAAAAAAAGAAAAGAAAAAAAAAGUAUUAUGUGUGUGCAUUUAGCCAAAGGGUUUUCAUUUAAUGAAUUUAUAUAUAUAUAUACACACUUAUCUAACCGCCAAGGGUUCUGUCAUUUUAGUAUAGAGUUUGAAAAGGUUUUACGUUAUGCCUGUACCUGUUUGUCAUUAUAGCAAAUCAAACAUGAAUGAAAUUAUGAAUUCCCACAAGAUGCUAAUUUACUUGGAUGUGCAAAAGCAAUGAACACUAAGGAAGAGAAAUGAAGUAGACUGGGGAGGGCUUAACCUCUCACUGGUGUACACUUUUUUUUGUUUUCUUUUGUUAUGCAUUAUCUUUAUUAUUAUUAUUAUUAUUAUUAUUAUAUUUUUUUAUUUUUUUAAAGAUCGAUUUUCUGAAGCCAAGUUUUCUCCCCGUCCCACAUUACAGUAGAACUUAACAAUGCAAGUGUUCUUUAAAGACCAUCAUCUUUUGUUAAAUUCAUAUUUGUUUUUCUAGUCCUCAAAACACUUGCAUCAAAUAGCCCAUCCACAAUGUGUCCUGCACACCACAGUUACUGAGCCCACUCAUUUCUAUACACCCUCAAGAAAACAUAGGAUGUGAAAGCCAUGUCUGCCUGUUCAAAUUGCUUUAUACAUACAUGAGAUAUAUAUAUAAAAAUGUAUAAAUGUAGAUAUGUCUUUGCAUAUAAAAAUACAGAAAGAUCAAAAUUAGAUACUUUUACAGGGUGCUGGAAAAUAUAUAUUUUUGGCAAUUAUAGCUUUUAUACUUGACUUGCAGUUACAAAAUAUGAAACAAUACUAAUAUAUAUAUAUAUAUAUAUAUAUAUAUAUAUAUAUAUAUAUAUAUAUAUAUAUAUAUUAGUUAAUAGAAUAGAAAGCAAAAGGUGGUCAAGAAAUGUUUUGUGACUGGAUACUGUUGGUCAGAGGGAAAAAAACGGGCCAACAUAUUGAGAAUGUUGGAAAAAUCGAACUGUGAGAAGUAAUCUGAGAGUAUAUUUAAGGAAAUUAAGUGCCUUACUGAUUGUCGUUUCUUUUUCCAAGUGUUACAUUCUGUUCAAUAAUAUCCAGCACCAACUAGGAUAGUGCAGGGGGAGGGGAGGGGGGGGUGUUUGUGAAGAGAAAUCACCCCAUGAGUAAAACCAACAGGCUGUUGCAGUGUUGUGCCACUAAAACUAUUCUAUGCAAAGGAAGAGCAGUCAUUUGACCAGCUAACUAUGUGCCAUGAUUUGUCUUCCCAAAAUUAAGUUUAUUUUUCCCCUUUUAAUUCCCAUUUCAACAAAGUGUUUUAUUUUAUUCUUUAUUUUAUUGCAUUAUAUUCUUAUAUAUUAUGAGGACAAAAUCAGCAAUGCUAUCCAUGGAAUAAAUUACUGUGAUUUUUGUCAAGAACAACUGCCAAUCAUGAUGUGGAAGUCUCUGGUGUUAAGUUUGUGAAGGGAGAUUUCUUAACUGAAUUCAAUUGAGUAUUGGACUACAUCUGAAACCUCCCCUUGUUUCAAGAAUUGCAAACUGCAUACUUUCUAUCAUUGCCUUUUUUCCCCUGAGAAAGUACAUGUUAAAGACAGUGAGAGGAGGGUAGAAGGGGAAAGCAGUAUUUUUCUCACUUUAAAAAGGACUCCCUGGUUUUCCUGAACAUAUAGAUGCAGCCUUACAGUGUACUGAUCUGGGAAGGGGAAAUAAAAAUCAGGGAGUGUAAAAAUAUUUCUUUUAUUUAAAGUAUUACUGAAAGGAGGGUUGCAGGGAUAUUCAUCUGCUGGCGCAUUAGUGUCAGAGCAGUGCCAAAUCUUGUACGGUCAAAGAGCCACAGUAUCAAAAUCACACGCUGAAGAUCAGGCCUCUCUCAAGUGGCCCGCCAUCGUCACCAAACAGUUUUCAAUCAUUGAAACAACUGGGGGGUGUUCUUCACUUUUAAAACGAUGAAAAAAAGAUAGGGUUCAUAUUUUCUUUACUGUAACCUUGGCAGUCACUGGUGUAGUCUGUAGAUCACUUCUUUGUUACACAAGAAAGGUCAAUGUUUUUUUUCUUCUCAGUAUUAGAAACCUGUUUUAAGCUUAUUGAACUAAUGAAAUGCAAUAUUAGAAAGGAGUAAAGAAGACUUCAGAGGAAAUGGACAGUAUUAAACAAAUCCCCUCUGCCAUGUUACUACAUGCUGUUAAUGUUUUGUUGGUUUAGUAUUUUAGGUGAAUGGAGAAAUCUGUCUUAUUCUCUUCCGCCUGCCUUCUACUUGUGUAAUAAUGUAAAUUACAGCCAUUGUUACAGGUUUCUAAUGUAUUUUUCUAACUUCAUUUUAUAUGUACAAUUAUUAUUAUUUUUUUUCGGAUCUCCUUUUGUGAUGAAGCCCACUACAACUUUUGUUUUUCCAUGUCCUCUCUCCCUCCCUCUCGGCCCACCCUUUACUCAGAUCUGUCUCAUUGGGAGCGUUGCCUUUUCCUAUAGUUGUUUUGUUUUCUUGCUGAUUCUUAGCUUGUUUAACUCAUUAGCAACUUAGUUGCUCUUGUCAUAGGUAUUUUACAUGCUUGCAUUUAGUUUUUAUGGUGUAUGCUGUUAUUUUUUCUUAUUAACCUCCUUGGCAUUUAUUUUAAUAAAACAUUCUUAGUAAGAA